UCCGCGGCGGCCUCGCACCCGCUGCUGCCGCGGCGGCCUCGCACCCGCUGCUGCCGCGCCGCCGAAGAGUCGGCCCGGCUCGCGGAGCUCUCUGCCCGCUGGAAAACCAGAACCUAUGGCCCUCUUUGCAGUCUUUCAGACAUCAUUCCUCUUGGCACUGCUGUCCUUGAGAGCUUACCAAAGUGAAGUCUUGGUUGAACCUUUGCCAUUAACUCCUGAAUCACUGAACGUUUCCAUUGAUUCUGCACAUCAAUAUUUGAAUUUACAAUGGAGUGUCCACAGCCUUGCUUAUUACCAGGAAUUAAAAAUGCUUUUUCAGAUACAGAUCAGCAGAAUGAAAACAUCCAAUGUCAUCUGGGUGGGGAACUACAGCACCGUUGUGAAGCGGGACCCAGUCCUGCAUUGGAGCUGGAAAUCCGAGCUCCCUUUGGAAUGUGCGACCCACUUUGUAAGAAUGAGGAGUAGGGUGGAUGAUGCCAAGAUUCCCGAGCCGAGGUUCUGGAGCAACUGGAGUUCAUGGAAGGAAGCAGAUGCACAAAAGUCACUUGGACGUGAUCCAUUGUUCCUUUUCCCUAAAGAUAAGCUGGUGGAGGAAGGCUCCAAUGUCACCAUUUGUUACAUGUCUAGGAACCAACAGGAUAACAUAUCCUGUUAUCUGGAAGGCCAGCAGAUCCAUGGAGAACAGCUUGAUUCAAAUGUGUCUGCAUUCAAGUUGAAUAAGGUUUCUUUCAUUAGGAAAACAGGGACAAAUAUCUUUUGUAAGGUGGACCAAAAAGACGUUAUAAAAGGCAUCGUUCUCUUUGUCUCAAAAGUACUUGAGGAGCCCAAGGACUUUUCUUGUGAAACUCAAGACUUCAAGACUUUGACGUGUACUUGGGAUCCUGGGACUGACACCAGCUUGCCUAAACGGUCUUCCCAAAGCUACACUUUAUUUGAAUCAUUUUCCGGGAAAAAGAUACUCUGUGAACACAAAAACUCGUGUAAUUGGCAAGUAGAUUCAGACUCGCAAGAAAUGUAUAACUUCACACUCGUGGCUGAAAACGCCUUAGGAAACAGAAGUGUCAGUGUUCUUUUUAGCCUGACCCAUCGAGUUCAUCCAAAGACUCCCUAUAACUUAUUCCUCAAAAAUGUCAGUGGCACAAAGGCCACCGUGACCUGGAAGGUGCACCCCAUUGGGAAUUACUCCACACUUUUGUGUCAGCUUGAUCUCCUUGGUGAAGGAAACGUGAUACAACAACACAAUGUUUCCAUCAAGGAGAAUGGUGAGUACCUCUUAAGUGAACUGGAGCCGGACACAGAAUAUAUGGCCCGAGUACGCUGUGCAGAUGCCAACCACUUCUGGAAAUGGAGCGGAUCGAUAAGUCAGAAAUUCAUCACCGCUGAAGCUGCUCCCUCAGAGGCUCUUGAUGUCUGGAGAAAUGUGAAGUCAGUGUCAGGACGUCCUACUGUGACUUUAUUCUGGAAGCCCCUAUCAAAAUUGCACGCCAACGGGAAGAUCCUGUCCUACAAUGUCACUGUAGAAAAUCUAGACAGACCAUCCGGGUUAGAGGUCCACUCCGUUCCGGCCACGGCCAACGGCACAGAACUGACCCUUGACCAGGACUCCUACCAGAUCCACGUCACAGCUCUCAACAGUGCGGGCCCGUCUCCUGCUUCUGUGAUUGUCGUUUCUGGGGACCCUGGAAAUGAAGAGGUUGAAGAAGAAAGAGUUAAUGGUACAGAGGAUGGAUUUUCUGUGUCUUGGAAACCCCAAUCCGGAAAGGCCAUCGGCUACGUGGUGGAGUGGUGUGACCAUCCCCAGGAUCUGCCCUGUGAUCUCCAGUGGAAAAACCUCAGCUCCAAUACCACAAGCACAGUCAUCAGCUCGGGUGCUUUUAGACCAGGGGUUCGUUACAACUUCAGAAUUUAUGAAAUUUCUACAGAAAGGAUGGCUUAUUUAUUGGAGAAAAAGGCAGGAUACUUGAAGGAACUGGCUCCUUCAGACAACCCUCAAGUGGUCGUGAGUAACUUGACCUCCCACUCUUUCACUCUGAGUUGGAAGGACUAUUCCACUGACUCCCAGCUCGGUUUUAUACAAGGGUACUAUGUCUACCUGAGAUCCAAGGCAGAGAAGGAGUGCCACCCGGGGUUCAAAAAGGCAACUCUUCCAGAUAAGUCAGCUUGUUGCCAACACAGAAUCGACAACCCAGAACAAAAAACAUUUGUUAUGGAAAACCUACAGCCAGAAUCCGUCUACGAGUUUCUCGUCACCCCAUACACAAGUGCUGGCAGCGGCCCCCUGGACGCCUUCACAAAGGUCACGACCCCAGAUGAAUACUCCCAUAUACUCAUACGCAUCAUCCUCCCCAUGAUCGUCUGCGUUUUGCUCAUCAUGAUCACUUGCUACCUAAAAAGUCAGUGGAUGAAGGAGAAGUGUUACCCUGACAUUCCAGACCCUUACAAGAGCAACGUCCUGUCAUUAAUAAAGUCCAAGGAGAACCCUCACCUGACAAUAAUGAACGUCAGCGACUGUGUCCCAGAUGCUAUUGAAGUUAUACACAAGCCAGAAGGGAGUAAGAUACAGUUCUUAGGUGCCAGCAAGUCACUCACGGAAACAGAAUUUACUAAGCCCGCCUAUCUUUACCUCCUCCCAGCAGAGAAGAACUACUCUGGCCCUGGACCCUGCAUCUGUUUUGAGAACUUAACCUAUAAUGAGGCAGCUGCGGACUCUGGUUCUUGUGGCCAUUUCCCAGUAACCCCAGAGGCCCUACCAGGUCAGCCGGGACCGUUGACUUCACCUGAAAAUUUACUAAAGGCACUAGAGAAAAACUACAUGAACUCCUUGGGAGAAACUGCAGCCGGAGAAGCUAGUUUGAAUUAUGUAUCCCAGCUGGCAUCACAGAUGUCUGGAGACAAGGACAGUCUGCCAGCAAAUCCACCAGAGCCAGUACUCUGUUCAGAGUAUAAAAUGCAAAUGGCCAUUCCCCUGGGUCUUGCCUCACCUCCCCCAGCUGAGAACAGCGGCCUCUCCUCCACUACCCCUUUAGACCAAAGUGAACACUACCGCUAAUCAGUGCCCCCCCUUCACAUGCUUAUGCUACACAGACACUAAGAGAAGCGCAGCCGGCACCAUUCCAUCACCAGAUACCUCGGUGCUUAAUCCCAGUGAACUGUCACCACUGGCAGGUCUAACUUAUAUAAUCUUCCUAGGUUUCAAAGGUCAGAAGCUGAGGAACUUAACAUUCCUCCUUGGAGCAUGCGCGCUGUGGAAAUGGCAGGAUCAAGGGAGAACAGGUGUACCUUGCUGCUGUGUGUUCCAGGCUCACCUUUGUAACAGCAGGCCUGGCACCUGGCAUAGGGAUAGACCCCGUCCACUCAGUACUGGACAGGGUGGCUCUGGUCCUAGAAGUCCAGAUUUUAGCAAGAAAGUAUUUCCAUCUAGUUUUACGCCCACAUUUAGUUAUCUUAAGGGUAAAGGAACUAGAUUUAAGGCUUUAAUAAAGGCCACUGAAAAUGUGUUACUGGAGCAUAAGUUGUCAAUGUUAAUUUAUUCUGGAUGUGUUUAAUGAAGUCACAGAUGUUUAAGACUGAAACACAUUUUAGACUUGCCUUGAAGUGAUAAUUUGUAGUUCACUGAUUCAGUAAAAUGAACUCUACUGGGGGCCUAGACCUGACCUAAUGGAUAAGAUGUGGGAAUGAGCCAGUGAGAUCCCCACGACUGUCCUGUUUACCACAGUCAAAGAGUGGAACUGGCAAGGAACCCCGGCCUUAGUGGCAGGAUUAUAGCACUCCCACUUAGUCGAUGUGUCUUCUACCACGAUUUUUGAUGACUACCUCAGAAUAGAAAAAAGGAAAAGAUGUUGUUAAUUCCAUUCACAUUUUAUGGUUCCUCUUCUUUUCAAGAACUAUAAUAUAUAAAUGACCUAUUUUCACUGAGCAUCCUUUGGACUCUGCAAAAGGUUGUCUGGGUCAAGGAAACACCUUCACUGCCUUAUAUUCCUAUGAUACUAACAGAAUGAAACCUCAUUGUUGGACAUUGUUUAGAUGUAGCUGUAAGAAGCUAAACAGCGGGAACUUCUGUAAUGGCUCACAGCAGCUCUGUCUCCUAGAACAAAUAUAUGCAAAGCACCUGGUGCGUAACGGGUGUUCAGUCACGUUAAGAGUUCCUUUCUCUUCUUUCUCCCCAUCAACCCUUAAGAAUUUCUCACAUUUCUAAACAAGCACAAAUAGGAGUUUCUUCUUCUUUGCUGUGGUGGAAGUGACACUGCCUGUGUACCAAACACCCUGCCCCGUGCCUUCCACACUGUUAAGAAAGAGAAGGACCACAGCUUAAAGGAAGGUGGCUGUCAACUGACCUAAAUAUACACAAAUCAGGAUUCUAUUCAGGCUUUUCAUCUUUUUCCUUACAUGUAACUAAGCCUUUUGCUGGAAUAAUUCGCUGUGUACUAACAUAGUUUCAAACAAGUAUCUUGAGUCUGAUAGUUUCGAGAAGACUUUAGGGCCAGUAUCGUUAUCAUUUAGCCUCUUUGUGUUGCUUUGUCAUGAUGCAACUUUAAAAGUACACAGAGCAUCAAUGAUAGUGAUGACUGAUUUGUAAAUAGUAUCCUUUGUAAAGCAUUUUCUUUAAAAAAAUGCACAAAACCUUGAAGUCAUUUUUGUUGCAAUGAGCCUUAAUUAAAACAUUUCACCAUA